AUGACAUAAUAUGUGAAACAAGUAUGGGAGAAAGUCUUUGAGCCUGACCAUGAAAAGCAUCCUAAGUUAUGUUAGGAGUCAAGAGAGAUGUUUAAGUCUUGUGUUAAGGAGUCUCAUUGUUUUAAGAACACAGAAGAUUUCAAGAAAUGUGCCCAAGAAGAUAUAAACUCUGAAUGCAUUCCUUAUAGAGUAGACUUCUUCAGAUGCAAGAGAUUUAUGAUUGAUAGAACUAAAGAUUUCAGAAGAGAUCCUAGACAUGGAAUAUGA